UGCAACGACAGAGAAGUCAACAGGUCAUUGAGAAAAAAUGUUUGAAGAUACAACAGAUGUUGAGGACCUUCUUUGUGAUAUAAAAAGGAUUUACAAGAAACAUGAAGAAAAAAGAAAGACAAAAAUCACUGAGGAUUUGCAAAACGUCAAACAGAAAUACUCCCUAGACUUUUCAAAGGACACCAUGAAGAUCUUCAAUGACCCCAUUCAUGGUCAGAUUGAGCUGCACCCCCUGCUGGUGAAGAUGAUUGACACUCCUCAGUUUCAGAGACUCCGUCACAUCAAACAGCUGGGAACAAAAUAUCUGGUGUUCCCUGGAGCCACUCACACUCGCUUCGAACACUCCAUUGGUGUGGCGUAUUUAGCUGGAUGUCUUCUCAGAAGUCUUCAUUAUAAUCAGCCAGAGCUCAACAUUACCAAACAAGAUUUCCUGUGUGUUCAGAUCGCUGCUCUGUGCCAUGACAUGGGUCAUGGUCCGUUCUCUCAUUUAUUUGAUGGCAUGUUCAUCCCUGAAGUCCAACCUAAUUCCCCUUGGGAGCACGAGGAAGCCUCUGUUGACAUGUUUCACUGCAUGAUCAAGAAGAAUGGACUGGAAAAAGAGAUGGAACAACAUGGACUUAAUCUAUAUGAAGACCGCAUAUUUAUUAAGGAAUUAAUUCUGAAAGGACAAAAAGAUGCUAAGUGGUCAAUGAAGGGCAGGACUGAAGACAAGUCUUUCCUGUAUGAGAUUGUGGCAAAUAAACUGAAUGGCAUUGACGUGGAUAAAUGGGACUAUCUGGCUCGCGACUGUCAUUAUCUCGGCAUUCCUAAUGGUUUUGACCAUGAUCGUCUGCUGAAAUCUGCACGAGUGUGUGAUGUGAACAAGAGGAGACACAUCUGCUUCAGGGACAAGGUGGCAGAAAAUAUUUAUGGCAUGUUUCACACUCGAUACACUCUCCAUCGUCAGGCCCUUCAGCACAAGAUUGGCUACAUCAUUGAUGUCAAGAUCAAGGAUGCGCUUGUACUAGCUGAUGGCCCACUGAAGAUCUCAAAUGCCAUAGAUGACAUGCUGGAGUACACAGAACUCACAGAUCACAUCUUUGAUCAGAUCUUGAACAAGUCAAACACACAUCUGAAAAAGUGUGUUGGAGAGGCCAGAUUGAAUGAAGAAAAAUUAGAGGAAUUACCGGGGACCAGCUCGGAGGGCCAGCCUGAUGAAGACAAGAUUAAAAAGUAUCAGGAAAUACUAAGGGUUAACUGGAUGACAGCGUUCAACGAUUACAACACGUCUGCCAGCACACAACUGAAUGAUUCUGAUUUUGAGAUUCUUGUAUCCAAGCACAAGAUUCAUAAAUGGCUUGUUAGUGUGAACUCCAAUAUGUCCGAUCAGGAUUAUCAGAAGGUCCAGCAGAAGGCUGAGGAGUGCUUUCAGAAGUGGUGUGAGAAAGACUUCAUUGAUUCAGCCCGAAGCAUUCUAGAAGACGUUGUCAACAGACGGCUGCCAAAGUUCGUGGGAGAGGCCCGACUAAAGGAAGAUGGAUUAAAGAAAAUGCUGACAGAACACUGGGAGAAGAUGGUCGAAGAUUUUAAAAAACAACAUCAAAUUCUGAAGGACUUUUAUGAAAAACUGCUGGCCAUCUUGAGAACCCAGUCAGGUGACGUCUUCAAGACUAAAGUGUAUCAGGACAUACUGCUGGCCAGUUUGGGAGACAAGCCUGAUGAAGCCUUCAAGAUUAAGCAAAAAAAGGAGGACGGCUCCAAAGCCCAGCCUGUUAAAGCCUUCAAGAUCAAAGUCUAUCAGAAACUUCUGGAGAAAUGCUGGAAGUCUGAUCCGCAGGCACCUAAGGGAGCUGAGGACUGUGAAAUUCAUGUUCUUGAGAUGGGUUUUGGUGAAGUGGGUAAUGAGCCCAUUGAAAAUGUUCAUUUUUAUAGCAAGCAGGAGCCAAACAAAGCCUUCAAGAUGGAGAAGUAUCAGGUGUCCAGUCUCAAGCCACAGAAGUUUCAUGAAUGGCUUGUGAGGGUCUAUUACGAUCCGAAGGAUCGGGAGAAUCAGAAGGAGGUCCAGCAGAAAUCUGAGUACUUUCAUAAGUACUUUCAUGAGUGGUGCAAAAGCAAUAAAAACAACUUCAUUGAUUUUGGGCCUCAUUCAGAAGGAGAAGAAGAAGAAGAAGAAGAAGAAGAAGAAGAAGAUGCUUCAAGGAAGAUUUUCAAUGACCCCAUUUAUGGUCAGAUUGAGCUCGACCCCCGGCUGGUGAAGAUCAUUGACACUCCUCAGUUUCAGAGACUCCGUCACAUCAGACAACUCGGAGGGGCAUUUCUGGUGUAUCCGGGUGCCACUCACACUCGUUUCGAACACUCACUUGGGAUGGCAUAUUUAGCAGGAUGUAUGAUCGAUGUUCUGAAAAAAAAACAUGUUCUGGAAAAGAAUCCAGAGGAUUUCAUUUCACCGAAAGACGAGCUGUGUGUCAAAAUUGCUGCUCUGUGCUACAAUUUAGGCCAUGGCCCAUUCUCUUUUCUGUACGAGAACUUCAUAAAAGAAUCCCUAAAGCGUGAUAAAAAUUGGAAGGUAGCAUCGCACUUGAUGCUUAAGGACAUAUUAACGAAGAAUGGAAAACUGAAUGGCGAGUUAAACGGGAGUGAUCUCACCUUUAUUAAGAAGUUAAUUUAUGGGGACCAUACUACUUCAGAAAAAAUGCGGAAAAAGAGGAAAUGGACUGAGGACAAAACUUUCCUGUAUGAGAUUGUGAGAAAUAAAUGGAACGGCAUUGAUGUGCGUAAAUGGGACUAUUUUGCAAGAGACUGUCAUCACCUCGGCAUCCCAAACAGCUUUGACCAUCAGCGCCUGCUGAAAUCUGCUCGAGUGUGUGAGGUGGACGGGAGAAAUCACAUCUGCUUCAGAGACAAGGUGGCAGAUAGUGUUUAUGACAUGUUUAAAACCCAGUACACUCUCUACAGUCAGGCCUACCAGCACAAGAUCGUCAACAUCAUCGAAAAAAAAAUCACAGAAGCCCUCACUGCAGCUGAAGGCAAGCUCACCAAGAUCUCACCGUUGAUAGCAUCCGACGAGGAAAGGGUUGCAAAAUUGUCCAAACUGACAGACCACAUCUUUGAGGAGAUCUUGUACUCCACUGAUGACGAGCUGAAAGAUGCCAGGAUGAAGCUGGAGGAUGUUGUGAACAGACGCCUGCCAAAGUGUGUGGGAGAGACCAGAAUAACAGAAGCUGAAUUCAAAGACAAACAGAUCUUCCAGGAUAACUGGAAUCAAGCAGUGAAAGAAUGGAACGAACACCCAACUAUGUUCUUGGAUAAGAAGGAUUUCAUCAUUGAUGUGAUUCAACUGGAUUGUACUUUCAGCACGGGUAAAAACCCCAUCGACAGUGUCUAUUUCUACAGGAAGAGGAACCCCACCGAAGCCUUCAAGAUUGAGAAAUAUGAGGUGUCCAGUCUGCUGCCGGAGGAGUUUACUGAAUAUGUUGGUAGGAUUUACUACACAAAAAAGUCUGAUGAGGAGGAGAGGGAUGCUAAGGAGUGCUUCAAAUGGUGGUGCCGUGGCAAGUGUGUGAUUCUGGUCUACGAUAAAGAUGAGUUUAGAGGCAACAAGUGCUUUAUCACAGGGGACUGUCCUUCUUUGGACCGCUGUGGUAUAGAUGUGGUCCGCUCUUGCAAGGUUAUCAAAGGCAUCUGGAAGCUCUAUGACGGUCAAGAAUACAACGAGCCCCAUUACCUGCUGAAGGAGGGGGAUUAUCCCAAUCCUGCAGAAUGGGGCGCCACAAACCCUGCUAAGUCUCUUAAAAGUGUGACAUUUCAGAUCCAGCUCUAUGAACAGUUUGAUCUGUGGUGUAUGGGAGCUCUAUGA